AUGGCGGCUUUCCUUCUCUUCCUCACAAUUCUACUCUUCCCGCUGCAUUCCGCGGCCCAAUUCACCGGAACCAUACCCGCCGGAGCCUCCAUUACAGCCAACGGAACCUCCAAUCCAUGGCGCUCGCCCAACGGCGACUUCGCCUUCGGCUUCCAGACACUCCCUCAAAACGACGAUCUCUUCGUCUUGUCCAUUUGGUUCGACAAGAUUCCCAAUCAGACCAUCGUCUGGUACGAGAAGGACAGUUUUCCGGUGCGCCGGGGCUCCACCGUACGCCUCGAUCCCAUCGCCGGAAUUUCUCUCCAGGAUCCUCAGGGCACGACACUCAACACCUCCGGCAACCUCUCCGGUCGCGUCGCCGAUGCAGUCCUGAAUGAUACAGGCAAUUUUAUUCUCCGGGGAAACGAUUCCACCUGGCUGUGGCAGAGUUUCAGAAAUCCGACGGACACGAUGCUGCCAGAUCAGACAAUCGAGAUCAACGGCCAACUGAUUUCCCGAUCGACGGCCGCCAAUUUCUCCGACGGAAGAUUCUACGGCAGGAUGACCCCCGCCGGAAAUUUCCUGCUGAGCACGAAGACCUUCCCUAGCACCACCGAUUUCGACGCCAAUUAUUACAGCUCAAAUACCUUCGACAACGCGAACGCUUCGAAUUCCGGCGUCCGCCUUGUCUUCAGCAACGUCACCGUCCUCUCCGUCGUGCGGCGCAACGGCGCGAUUUCUCCGAUCUCCGACGUGAUCAACGCCCCGCCGAUCGCCGAAAAUUAUUACCGAGCAACUCUCGAUUUCGACGGCGUUUUCACGCAGUACUAUCAUCCCCGGAGCUUCGCUGGCGGCAAUCCAGGAUGGACGGUUUUGGAUUCCUUGCCGGAUAACAUAUGCACCGGAUUCAGGGGAGCGAUAGGCUCCGGCGCUUGCGGGUACAACAGCAUAUGCAGUGUCAACGACGGCCGGCCAAUCUGCCGGUGCCCGGAGCAAUUCUCAUUGGUCGAUCCUACCAACAGUUAUGGCGAUUGCACGCCGGAUUACGUGCAGACGUGUCUUCCCGGCGAGAGCGGCGAUGAAUAUCAGCUGUCGGAGAUCCCCGACACCGACUGGCCUUUGAACGAUUAUGCGACAGAGAAUCCGAGCACCGAGGAGCGGUGUCGCCGCCUCUGCCUUACCGAUUGUUUCUGCGGCGCCGCCAUCUUCCGGAGCAACCAAUGCUGGAAAAAGCGGCUGCCGCUCUCCAACGGCCAAGUCGACAGGUCACUCGGCGGGAAAGCCUUUCUGAAACUCCGAUCAACCAAUAUUUCAUCGGAAAAUCUCAACCGUCCAUCAACCAAAACCAACGGCCAAAAAACACUCAUCACUGUAUUAUCCGUUCUUCUCGGCGCCUCCAUCUUUGCUGCGCUCAUAUUCCUCGCCAUUGCUCACCGGAGCCGCGGUAAUUUCAAAUUCCGGCGGCUUCAACUUCCAAUUCAGCCGCGGAACAACGUCGUUUUACCAAAUGUAUGCUACUUUUCUUACAACGAUCUCGUCCUCGCCACCAGUGGAUUCGCCGAAGAACUCGGAAGGGGAGCAUUCGGAAUCGUCUAUAAAGGAAUCGUCGUAAUAAACGAUUCAGAAAGCGUGCUAGCUGUAAAGAAAUUAGACAGAGUCGCCGAGGAUUCCGAGAAGGAAUUCAAAGCCGAGGUGGACAUAAUCGGAAGGACUCACCAUAAGAACUUAGUCCGAUUAAUCGGAUUCUGCAACGAGGGGCAGCACCGCCUCCUGGCUUACGAGUACAUGCCGAACGGAACCCUAGCCGCCGCCUUGUUCGGCGGCGCGAAGCCGAGCUGGAAACAGAGGAAACAAAUGGCGGUCGGCGUCGCCAGGGGGCUAUUAUACCUGCACGAAGAAUGCGCAACUCAGAUAAUUCAUUGCGACAUAAAACCUCAGAACAUUCUUCUCGACGAUCGAUACAACGCCCGAAUCUCCGACUUCGGAUUAGCCAAACUCCUGAGGAAAAACCAGAGCAAAACCCUAACGAACAUUAGGGGGACGAAGGGGUACGUGGCGCCGGAGUGGUUUCGGAGCUCGCAGGUGACGGCGAAGGUCGAUGUUUACAGCUUCGGAGUGCUGUUGUUGGAGAUUAUCACGUGUCGGAGGAGCGUGGAUCAGAAUCUGGAAUUUACGGAGGAGGAGAAUCCGAUUCUGGUGGAUUGGGUUUGGGAUUGCUUCGCCGGCGGGAAGGUGGAGAGCGUCGUCGGCGGUGACGAGGAGGCGCUGGCGGACAGGGCGGCGCUGGAGAGGCUGGUGAAGGCGGGGGUUUGGUGCGUUCAGGAAGAUGCGUCGGUGAGGCCGACGAUGAGGACGGCGUGUCUGAUGAUGGAAGGGGUGAUUGAUGUCCGAGUGCCGCCAUGUCCGUACCUUCAGAUCUCAAUUCUAAACGCUGAUCCUAAACUCAACUCGUUGUCUUCUUCGUCUUGGUCUAGGUCUGUUUGAUUGAACUUAAUUAGGGUUUGGGAAUAUAUGCAGAAUACAAGUCUUUUAUUUUA